AAUGUACGUGUGUCGUGCCCGAGAGAAUGCACAAGUGUAUGGAAAUUUUGCCACUCCAGCGCAGGGGUUGCGAAUGUCAACAGUCGCCGAGUCAGUUGCUUGGUACAUCUCAAACGUUGCGGACGCAUUUCCGGUUAACGGAAAAUAACGGCACGUACGGUUACUACAACACACACAUUAGACCAACCCGAGACACAAGUAUACAUAUAAAGUCGCCCCGCAUAGGAGGACGAAGGCAGGCGGUGGAUACACUGAGACUGAAAAAAAUCUCGAAUUCAUUGUCAGGCUACAACAACACGCUUUGGCGGCUGGCCAUCGUCGCGGCUAUUUUGCAUAUUUUCACGCUUCUUAAUUGAUUUAUUUUGUAACAAUUUCCAUUUUAUUUGCGAAAUACGAGCGAGUAUAGAAGAGGUGCGGAGCAAUUUGUGUGUUAAUUUGAGAAAAACUUGAGUGAGUGAGUUUCUGAGAAUUACAUUACAAUAACAUGUAAGUGAUACCGUUGUACCGUUGCAAAGAAAUUGGCUUGAAAAUCUAGAAAAUCGCUAGCAUUUUUUCUCGAGUGGCUAGACACCAUUUAUAUGUAGUGUAUAAGUAUGUGUAGUACAUAACGGCACAUUGGCUGUGGAUGAAAACGGAAACGGUAGACGAGUGCGCGUAAAGACCGCUAUUGUAACGGCAAACGGUGGGGAAUUGGCCUAACGGUGAAAGAUUGGCGUAUAUAGUGUAAAAUUCGUGUAAAAACGCAAAUUAUAUAUAACAGUGAAAUCGAAGUAGUGCGCAACAGAGUGAAUAGAAUUUAUUAAUAAUAAUGAAAAUUUAAUAAAAAAUAAUAUGUAAAUAAAACGAAUUGAAGCAGCAUUAGUUGUUAAAAUAUAAAUAAAAAUAAUUAGAAAAAAAAAACGAACAAAUAAUUGAAGCAAGUCGCUACCAAAAGUGUUCACUGAAAAAUCGUAUACAAAUUUCAAAAUUAUUAUUUAUGUGUUUGUAUUGAUUUGCGCACGUGUGCGUCGAUGAACAUACAGAUUUAUAUAUGUAUGUAGAUAAGUGUAGGUGAAUGCGAAAAAUUGAUACAAUACAGAAAAUUCCGACGGAAUUGAAAAUUUCUGACGAGAAUACGAAAAUUUCGCUCCGUGCAACUACAAUAAUAAUAACAACAAGAAAGCAACCGACACCACCGCUAUCAUUGCCAACCAAACAACCCAAACAACAGAGCCAAAUAAUUACAACAAUACUAACGAGUAUAACUACAGUAGCAGCAUUAACACCAACAAAAACAAUUACAAUAACAACAGCAGUCGCAGCGGCAGCAACAACUAACCACCAACAACCCACCCUUGUUGCAUAAGCAGUUACUCAUAAUCACAACCACUACACUCCACACCUCACCACCACCCUCCGUCAACGUCUUUUGCUUGAACGCGUCCAUCAACAAACACUCACCCACCCGCAUCCGUUCGCCCCACUGCCCACACACCAUUGCAGCUGGGAUAUAGCGCGCAUCCUACAAGCAUCCUGCGUGUGUGCCAACAAACAGUCAAUCAACAUAUGCAGCCAACAGACCGACCCAUCCCCCCACAAGACCGCACAGAGAAGCCGGCACUUCAGGCUCACUAGCACACUGACAAACGCUCUCGCAUUCUCUCUGGCGUUCGAGUGCUCUAGCGCUCUCUCCAUUGCCUACUAUAAACAACAAGAAUUUGCUUUGGUGACUGCUGAAUUCUAGUGCAGUCGCAACAAAAAUAAACAACCAAAUUGUGGGAAACAUUCACCGAACGGCAAACGGUAAACAAUCUCUACACUGACUACACAGCGAAGAAGAUACACACACUGGUUGGCGCAUAAGCCGAGCGGGGGCUAUAAUUUGUAGCGGGGUUGCAGCGAGGCGGCGCAGGUAGAGUAACGAAGGCGCAUCUAUAACGGCAACUAUUAAAGUUUUUCCGCUUUUGUUUGGGUCUUUGAUUAUCAUGUUGUUGUUGUUGUUAUUGCCCACAUUUCCGCUUUGUCACUGAAACAAUAAGCCAAAGGAUAUGAAGGAUAUACUAGUAGUGGCGCUGAUGAUGAUGACGCUGCGAUGGCAGUUGCAGAAUUCGCAAAGGAUAAGUCUUGUGCGAUGAUUUGACGAAAUCCGUCCAUUGUUUUCAAUAUAUACAGGAAUAAAACCGAAAUGAUAAACAAUUAAGCAAUGCUCAAGUCAAUACAUAGUCAUAAUAAGUCAUAAGAAUAAUCUACAGGAAUAUAAUAGUAAACAUUAAAGCUUAAAUCGCUCGAACAACAACUAAAUAUACGGACACGAUGUUCGGUUCGAAAUUACGUUCAUGGAUGGAGAACCACAUAGGGCGCCCGCGUAAGAAGGGCGCCAAAAAUAAAACUACAAACAGCAGUACUGUUAGUGCCGCCACGGCCGCGGGCUGCAGUCAUGAGGCGUAUCAGCAUUACGGUGGCAACAACAAGAAGAUUUCCAGCUCGAAUUCGAGCUCUAUUUUUACGCUUCAUCACGCGCGCAGUAAUGGCGCGUCUUCCACGUCACCAUCAAUCACUGCCAACAACUCGUCUGCGUCCGCGGCGCCGACAAUGACGACGGUAAUGGUUUCGCCCGGCACGAUGUCCUCAUUCGGUGCUAAUCAUCACAAUGGUGGCGGUGGAGGUGGUGGCUGUGGCAGUGGCUGCGGCAGUGUCAUUGCUAGUCCGGUCAGGCGACGUGAAGUCUCGCCCAUUCAAGGCCAUACACAGAGUCGUUACGGUUGGCAGUCACCGGAUCAGGAGACAAUCACUUCACCGAAAUCCGACAAUUUCCUAUAUGCGCCACAACAUCGCGUACGCAGCCAGUCGCAUCACACAAAUCACCAUCAUCAUCAACAGCAACAGCAUCCACCGCAGCUACAACAACCUCCAUAUACAGUGCCAAACAGCAAGGAUAAUUCCAGUGAUGAUCGUUCAUUGCAGGCAAGGUCUUUCACACAAUCGUACAAUCAUCAUAUACCCCAACAACAGCAGCAACACCAACAUUCACAGUUGUCCCAGAAUACUAUCCCACAACAACAGCAACCACAUCCCGCCGAUUGUUCCUCCUCAUCGAUUUCGUCAUUGUCGUGGUCCACUGGUUCUAAGGAGCCUUCCAUGAACUCCAGCAGCAAUCCCAAUAACAACACAAGCCACAACAACAGCAAUAAUAAUAGUACAUUUUCCAAACCUCUGCCUGCUCCUGAGCAACCUAAUAACAGCAUCAACGAUUUACAACAUUUCGAAGAGGAGGAUCCAAAUACCGUUCACUAUGAGGAGAUACGCACAAUUCUACGUCAUCCGGAACAUUGCAGUUCCAGUUACAAUAGUAAUAAUCCUUUCCUUAUACAUGAACGUCCCAAAUCCGAGCAGCUCACUUCGUUUACAGCAGCGCGUUCGCUCUAUGCAGAUCGUCGCUCGCAGGAUGACGCAUCCACGCGCUACGGACGCCUCUUGCCGUAUAAGAUUCAGAGCUGUAGCAACUCGAAUGACAGCUUGAAUGCGAACGGCUCGAUGACAUACGUAAAAAGCGGCAGCGCUGAAUAUAUAUUACAACAAUAUCAAACUUCCGCUAAUGGAUACAUGUGCAGUACCGCAGCCGAGUUUUCCUCGAGUCAUCAGUCGGGUAAUGUCAACAGUCCAGCGACCAUGCACUGUCAGCGCGCACGUUUACGUGGAGGUCGCUUUGCCAAUGGGCAUGUUCUAAAUGGUGCACAGCAAGGAGCCAGUGUGGCCGGAGUACCGCUUCAUAGUCUCUCAUCGCCGGAAAGUGCCUACUCUACUGGCUACUCCACCGACGGUACUUCGCCAGGCGCCAUUUACACACCACCAGAAUACUAUAUCAAUAUGCGUACCGGUACGCAUUACUUCCCGAAGAGCGUUAACUCACUGGCUAUCGAGGCGCAGCGUUACAAAUUUGGUCUGAAUAAAAUAGAGGAAAUGUCACCUAUAGAUCCAAUGCCGAAGACCUCCUUUGCCAAUGCUUCCAGUCUAUACAAGCGUGCCGAUUCGUAUGAUAUGGGCCAAGGUUGUAGCAACAACAAUGGCAUGCAUCACGAACCAUUUAUACCAUUAGAUGCUCCACAUGCCAUUCAACCACCCGACAGUGUUGGCCGACACAGUCCUUUGCCGUUGCGUAACACCAUUGUUUUGCCCACCUUGAAGGGUUUUGAAUCACCAUCCCCCAGACAACGUUGCCGUAUACGUACGAAUCCGUGGUAUCUCACAACGGAAGCAAAUGCGCCAGCGGCGGGUGAUGUGAGUGUGCAAAAUGUGCUGGCAUUUUUGCCACCACCACCACCAACACAGCCGCCGCCAACGGCGAUGUCAACAACAUCUGACACGUCGACGAUUUCCUCGUCAGCGCACUCAACGAGGCUGCCGGAGGCUGUCGGCACGCCACUGCGACAGCAGAAACAGGGUAAGAUGAUGACAAGUGGCAGUGCGGGAGGUGGGCGGAGGGAACAUGAUGCCGCAAGCACAUCAUCCUCUGGAAAGAGAUCCAGCAAUGCAACAACAGAUGGACGACGGGGAGUGCAACACAUCCAACAGACAAGUGACAUGAACAAUGUUGGCAAGUUGACUGCUGGAUACGAGUCCACAGAGAGCUCUUCGUCUUUGACUGAAGUGGAAAAUAUGCAAAGGAACUACACACCCAACACUGUGCGUCGCAAGCGUGCAGAGCAAUUGCAGAUGAAGGUGGGUCAGCCUCUGUCUGCGGUGUUGGCAGGUGUGUGCGUUAUAAAUGGCGAGCGCGUUGGAAACAACAGGGAGCCGAUAUUAAGUGACGAUGAUGCCACGUUGAACGAGAUGAUGGGAAAGUUUGAUGAGAGUUAUGUGUAUGAGAAGGAGACUGAUAUACUCAGCAGUGAUUCGGAUCAAACUGAUUGCCCCUCUGAUUUGGACACGGGACAGGAUGCGGGGGAUGAAUGUGAUACUGACGAACUGCUCGACAUCGAUUUCAUUGAUACCUCAUCUAUACAGGAGGUUUCGGAACGUAGGGACUCGGAUUGCAAUUUAGGCAGUUGUUAUUACUACAACCAGAGUCCGAAAUCGGUACACCAACAAGGUGGAAAGCGCGCAUCCGUGCGUUCGCGGAGAAGCUCUAGAAGUUUGAAGAACACACAAGAGGAAACGAAUACAGUCGUGGCUGCUGGAAGUAGCUCACAGCGACGACGUAAGCGCUUUCUGAAGACACGCAAGAAGAGUGCUGAAAACCGUAACGAACAACCAAAUUCGCCACACAAAACUCGAAAGUCACGCAGUGUUGGCGGUACGCCAGUUUGCGUGCGCCGACAAAGACAUAUCACAGCAAAGAAUAGAAUUUAUGAGACUUCACCACUUACGAACAGAUCUAGCUCACUAGUAUUUACAGAAGUACGCGACACCAAGCGUUUUAUGACAAUCGCGGAGAGUGAACGGGCUUUGCUGAAAGCGGAUUUAGAGGCGGAUGUUAAGUAUAGACAACUAAUACAAGAAGCUGAAUCCUUACUAGUAUCCAUGAAAAACAGUAUGCAAAGCAUACCACGGGACACACCCGUCUCAAGUCCACGUCGAGUCAACCCUCUGGCCAAUAAGCGUGUAGAAAUGCUGAAAAACUGCGAAACAGAAACACGUCGCGAACAACUGAAACAAGCACAGCAACGUUCUUUGGAUGCUAUCCAUUUAGAGAAACAACAAAAGCAGCAACAACAAGAUUUGGCCGCCGCUAUUAAUCGGCGUAUAGACUUACUGAGGCAUGCGCCUGCGUCAGCACCUAAUAGCCCACGCUUCAGCCGCUACAGUCCACGGAAAACCCACAUAACGAAUUUCAUCAAUCAAAAUGUGCCGCCAGAGAUACCACCUCGCAAGGCGGUGGACGCAACGAAACCUCCACAGUCUCCACAGUUACAACUGAAUGGACGACGUAUGCCACCGAGCCCAACUUCCACAUCUAUUCAAGAACGCCGAUUCCGCAGUCAGUCGCCAGUGUCGCGUCACAAGUCUGGCGCUUAUUUGCAACGUAUUCAAAACAUUGAUAGCGACUCUGAUUCAGAGUUUCAAAGCAAAGCUUAUGAUGAUAAUCAGCUAAGUAAUGAUUAUGGUGCGCAGACGACACAGGUCCACGCCGCGACAGCCGUCGAUGCGGUAAAUCACAAUUAUUUGCCUGAGUUCGAGAGACUUUCACGCUACGAUGAAGCAGAUUUGUCUAAUCACAAUGUGACCAGUUUGGAGGGGAAGUCAGCGAGUUCAGCGGCUAAGCGGCAGGCAAGGAUAAUGCAAGCCUGUCCACAGAGCGAGCCGCUGAAGAGAAAGGUUUACAGCGGCAGCUCGACAUUUGAGCGCAUCAAAAAGAGUUUCGACUUGGAGGCCGAAAUCCCAAAACAAGCAAUGUUAGCAAAAAUUCAUAAUCUGCGGCGUCGUGAGCGUCAAAGGUCGAAUCCACGCUUAAACACGCACACAAGCAGUCAGGAUUUACAACAAUCGGUGGGAGAAUAUUCUAACGGGGAUAAUACAGUUGAUGUCAAUAAAAAGCAAAUGAUUCUCAGCACAAUUGCAGAUCUCAAACGUAGUCUUGAGUCACAGAGCGUCGAACUAAAUGGUCUCAAUGAGGACUAAAGCUACAGUCAUAUAAAAAUUUAGAGUGGUAAGUCUGAAGAGGUGUAAGGAUCUAUAUUGGUUGUAUGAAAAGUUAAAUUGAAUCACAAACCUACCGAACUUGUUCAGCCUUGCAAUAUUGCCUAAACUGUCAGAAAAAUUAAUUAGCAAAGAUUUAUUGUACCAUGUUUAUGAAUCCGUGUCCUCAACUCUUUCGUACUUUUCAAUAUAAUAGUAUACAGAAGACGAAGAUGUUAAACUCAAAAAUUGUUUCCUUGAUUUAUCCCGGAAACCCCAUUAAUGUGAGGAAGUGCGAUAAUAAAACAGUUCCCCUGACACUGCGAAUUCUGAAUUAUUGUAACUAUUAUAAAUUUUUUUGGAAUUAUUCAGGGAGAAUCCAAAAUUUUACAUAGCGAUUUUUUUUAGAGAGCGAAUAAUCCAAGCUAUGAUCCUCAACUUAAUGAGACUCAUAAUGUCUUUCGUCUACCUAUCAACUGUUCAAUUAACUACUCACAUCUUACGUCACGUCACCCACCAUUUCAAAAAAAAACUCAUCCGCCCUCUUAGUGCAUCAUGAAUUAGAUUUGAUUUUGUGAUUGAUUCUUUAGAGUAUUCACUAUAUAUUUAUAUGUGAUGAAUAUAUACAUAUAUAUGUAAUGUGUAAACAUACCUAUAUACAGUAGUUACAUACUUACAUAUAUAUGUGUAUACAUUGAGUAAAUGUCAUUGGCCUAGUAGCUAUAAUGUUAUAAAACAAUAUGAUUAUGCAUCUAUCAAAAAUAAAAAUAAAAAUAAUACUAUAUACAUAAAUAAGUUAUAAGAGGGAACAAAUUAAGAAAAAUUUUGAAUGUGCAAAAGUUUAUGUGACAAUUAUUGUGUAAACGGCGUCUCCAAUUAGCCAGAAUAUUUUGCGGCAAUGAAUGACGUUCGAUAUUAUCAUGCAUAUAUAAGUACAUAAGUAUCAAUGAGUUAGUUUAAAUGUAUUUAUGUAUUUAUGAAGGUUCACUUUCUUACACACGUACAUAACAGAUGCUGCUGAAGGUUACUUAUACGAUAUGACGAAAGAAAAAAUAUUAAACACGCCGUAAGAAAUAUAAAGACAACUCACAAAACAUGUAUUACAAAUAGAAUGUUGUUACUAAAUAUUGAUAUGAAUAUGACCAGCAUAAUUGCAAACAAUAAGUUAUAUUAAGAAUUGAAAAAUAUUAUGAUUAAAUGGAAGCAAAAAAACAAUAAGUAAUACAUAUAAUUGAAGGACUGAAAACAUUGCCACGUUGCUGUUUACCACAUAAUUAACGAAUACUAUAUUCGGAUAUGCAUAAAUAUGGCAGCGUUUAUAUAGAAUAAAUCGUGAAGAUAUAGCUAUAUAUAUAGAAGAGUUCAUUAGAAGUGCAAGUAUAUGGCGGAUAAAUGUUAAGAGAGAACGAAUUAAUAGUUUUAAACCACGAAAAAGUUAUAAUGUGACAUGUUAUUCGAGCGUAUUUGGUUACUCCAAAACACUUAUUAUCGAAGGGAUGAAUAUAACAAAAAAACAAGUUAGGAAAGGCUAAGUUCGGGUGGAACCGAACAU